CGCUCCCCGCCCGCCGGCUCCCGACCUCUGCCCCGCCGCACCCCCGACCCCGGGCCGGAAAAAUCCCGGGAGGGCGCGGCCGGGGGUGGGGGGAGGGGCGGGUGCGCGCCCCGGCAGACACCCACCUCCCCGCAGGGGCCACCCGUCCUCCCGCCAUUCAUUUUGUGCACUCCCGGUUAACAUCAUUCACUGGCGGGCGGAGGCCGCGCCCCGAAUCGCCCGAGGUCGGCCGGGAGAGAGGCUCCCCGUCUGCCAGUCGCCACGCUGGGCGACAAGUGCUGUCCCAGCGCUAUCAGUGGGAAGCCGCGCCAACUCUUGGGGGCCCGUCUAAAUUCGUCUCCCCGCCCCCUCCCCCACCCCCCUCGCCCGCCCGGAGCGGGGAGGGUGGGGUGCGGCCGAGAGAGGCCGCAAUGAGGACCCUGAGAGCCAUGGCCAUGCAGAAAAUCUUUGCCCGGGAAAUCCUGGACUCCAGGGGCAACCCCACCGUAGAGGUGGACCUGCACACAGCCAAGGGUCGAUUCCGAGCAGCUGUGCCCAGCGGAGCUUCUACGGGCAUCUAUGAAGCCCUGGAACUGAGAGACGGAGACAAAUCCCGCUACCUGGGGAAAGGGGUCCUGAAGGCCGUGGAACACAUCAACAAGACCCUAGGCCCCGCUCUGCUGGAAAAGAAACUAAGCGUUGUGGAUCAAGAAAAAGUUGACAAAUUUAUGAUCGAGCUGGAUGGGACUGAAAAUAAGUCCAAGUUUGGGGCCAAUGCCAUCCUGGGCAUAUCGCUGGCUGUGUGCAAGGCCGGCGCGGCCGAGAAGGGGGUCCCGCUCUACCGGCACAUCGCAGACCUCGCGGGCAACCCGGACUUGGUCCUCCCCGUGCCUGCCUUCAAUGUGAUCAACGGGGGCUCCCACGCCGGGAACAAGUUGGCCAUGCAGGAGUUCAUGAUCCUGCCCGUGGGAGCCAGCUCCUUCAAGGAGGCCAUGCGCAUCGGCGCCGAGGUCUACCAUCACCUCAAGGGGGUCAUCAAGGCCAAGUACGGGAAGGACGCCACCAACGUGGGCGACGAGGGCGGCUUCGCGCCCAACAUCCUGGAGAAUAAUGAAGCCCUGGAGCUGCUGAAGACGGCCAUCCAGGCGGCUGGCUACCCAGACAAGGUGGUGAUCGGCAUGGACGUGGCGGCGUCUGAGUUCUACCGCAACGGGAAGUACGAUCUCGACUUCAAGUCUCCCGAUGAUCCCGCGCGGCACAUCACUGGGGAGAAGCUGGGGGAGCUGUACAAGAAUUUCAUCAAGAACUAUCCUGUGGUCUCCAUUGAGGACCCCUUUGACCAGGAUGACUGGGCCACCUGGACCUCAUUCCUCUCGGGGGUUAACAUCCAGAUCGUGGGGGAUGACCUCACGGUCACCAACCCCAAGAGGAUCGCCCAGGCUGUUGAGAAGAAGGCCUGCAACUGCCUGCUGCUGAAGGUCAACCAGAUUGGCUCCGUGACUGAGUCCAUCCAGGCCUGCAAACUGGCCCAGUCCAACGGCUGGGGGGUGAUGGUGAGCCACCGCUCCGGGGAGACCGAGGACACGUUCAUCGCUGACCUCGUGGUGGGGCUCUGCACGGGACAGAUCAAGACUGGUGCCCCCUGCCGCUCAGAGCGCCUGGCCAAGUACAACCAGCUCAUGAGGAUCGAGGAGGCCCUUGGGAACAAGGCCGUCUUUGCCGGACGCAAGUUCCGUAACCCGAAGGCCAAGUGAGAAGCUGGAGGCUCUGAGACCCCACAAGACACCAUGGGACAGACCUGGGCCCACAAGCCCCUCCCUGGGAAAUAAACGCCGGUGCCAACAUA